CUUAAGACAUUUUCUUGGUACUCACGAGCAGACACUGCCUGAACUGAGGGCAUGAUGAGUUAACAGCAAUUGGUGGCUAAAAUACUUUUUCCGGUGAUCUGUUGAUGUACAGAUGAGCCACCCCUGAGCCGACAUGGCAUCCGAGCAGGACGUAGCGGCAAUGGGCCGCAUACUGGUCAACCCGCAGCAGGAUCUACCGACGCGGUUCAGAGCGCUUUUUACGCUGCGGAGCCUCGGAGGCCCAGAGGCUGUUCAGUGGAUCAGCGAGACCUUCGAGGACGAAUCUGCGCUCCUGAAGCACGAGCUGGCCUACUGCCUGGGACAAAUGCAGGAUGAGCGCGCGCUUCCCAUCCUGGAGACGGUGCUGAAAGACACCAAGCAGGAGCCGAUGGUCCGGCAUGAAGCAGGUGAGGCUUUGGGAGCCAUCGGGAAUCCAAAGGUUUUAGAUUUACUAAGACAGUAUUCCGAGGAUCCGGUCAUUGAGGUGGCGGAGACGUGCCAGCUCGCUGUAAGGAGGAUCGAGUGGCUGAUGAAUGGGGGCGGAGUGGAGAGUUUUGGAGAGGGCGCAGACAGCAGCCCCUACAGCUCGGUGGACCCGGCGCCUCCAGCACCCAGGAGGAGCAUGGCUGAGCUAAGGAAGCAGCUCCUGGACGAGGCCCUGCCCCUGUUCGAGCGCUACAGAGCCAUGUUCGCCCUCAGGAACCUGGGCACUGAGGAGGCCGUGCUCACCCUUGCAGAUGGUCUCCGGUGCUCCAGCGCUCUGUUCCGGCACGAGAUUGGCUACGUGCUGGGGCAGAUGCAGCACGAGGCCAGCAUCCCGCAGUUGAGCGCUGCCCUGGAGGACGAGCAGGAGAAUGCCAUGGUGCGGCACGAGUGCGCUGAGGCGCUGGGCUCCAUCGGCCACGUCGCCUGUCUGCCGCCGCUGCGCCAUUAUUGCGGCCACGGCGAGCGCGUGGUCAGGGAGAGCUGCAUGGUGGCGCUGGACAUGCUCGCGCAUGAGAGCAGCAGCGAGUUCCAGUAUGCGGACAGUCUGCUGCGCGUGCGCACGGCACAGUGAGUGGGCUAGCUCCCCCCUGCCAGCCUGCUCCGCGCGUGUGUGUGUAUGUGUGUGUGUGUGUGUGUGUGUGUGUGUGUGUGUGAGAGAACAAUGAUUACAGUCUGCUGCCCUUUUAAUGGCCAUGUGUGGCCACUCUGACCACCACCCUGCUCACUGAUUUCAGAACUGUGUAACCCACCUCCCUCCAGUUCUCUCCUUCAGACUGCUCACUGAAAUAUGACACCCUCUAGUUUUCUCCCGGAGAGAAUAAAGUCGUCAUCUUGUAAGAAAUAACGGCCAAUUUCUUCCUUUUUGAAACUGUUUGUCUAGUUUCUAAACUGAAUUAAUUCAGGUAAUUUUCUGUACUUCUGUAAUAUUUCAGGUUUUAUGUUAGCCCUCAUGUUGUCAUUGUCAGUUUGGAUUACACCAUAUGAAAAUA